AUUGGCAGAGCAACAAGAGACCUUGCGGAACCUUAUUUGCAAUGGCGCCAUCUCCAACGUGAAGCAGUUCUUACGUGAUCAUACGGACGCAAAAUCUCCACAAAUGUUAUACUCUGCCCUUCGAGCUGCAAUUACUUUUGGCCGCAAGAACAUGGCACACUACUUCUACAGGAAGAUUCCAACUGAAUUUUUACGGGGAGACCUUCACUUCUCCCUGCUUAAGGAGUGUAUAACUAAGAAAAUGUUUGAUAUUGCAUCAGAUCUACUCCACCGUUUUCCAGAGUUGGCAUCUUGCUGCCCUCCAGGUUCCAUUGAUCCACCCAUUCUAACACUUGCCCAAACACCACCUCCAUUUUUAACGCUGAAUAAGCUUGAAUUCUGGGGACGCUGGAUAUAUAAAUCUACGAAGGUACCCUCCAUCAAACCAAGAAGUGAUCCAACUGGUGGCGAUGGCAUCGUUCAAGAUAAGCUAAGAAAAUGGACAUUGGCACUAUACAAAUCUCAUCUAGCAGGCGUGAUGAUUGGACUGCUAUGUUUUUUACCUUGUUGGUUGCUUGUGAAAAUGUUUGAAAUAGGCGUGGUGAUUCAAGCGUUCUUGCUGUUCCUUGUUCCACUACUCGAACUUGAUCCAGUAUGGCUCUUGAUUGGAGUGCCUUUAUUCUCACUUGUUCCUUCACGCGACCCGUUUCUCUUAGCCUUUCUGUUUGGAGUGUUUAUGUUGUUACUAGUCAUAUUACGCAAACUGGAUCUAAUACGAGUACCGAUUGGAAUGCCUUUAUUGAUAAUUGGGACACUAAUAUCGCUGUUAAGUAGUCCUAAUGCAUUUUUUGCGCUUUGGGAAGUUAUCCAGUUUGCGCUGUUUUUACCGUUUUCAAUACCUUUACUGAUCUUUGUAAUUCAAAUAUAUAAACAGAAGUUGAUGGAUGAGUAUGCCCUUGAGGUUAUACGUUUCAUAUGUGAGCCAUUAUUGGAAUUACAUUGGAACCAAUUUGAGCAAAGUGUAGCAAUGAAAGCAGUCUUUCACGCUAUCAAGAAUGGCAUCCCUGAGAUUGCAAUUGAAUUAUUAAAAAAACCUAAUGGUAAUAUAUUAUGGAGCAAAACAGAUCCCGAAGAUCCAAGAAACAUGUUUGCACAUGUUGUAGCACAUCGUCAAGAGAAAGUCGCAUUCUUUCUUUAUAAUGAAUUUGUUGAAAGGAAUGAUACAAAUAUGGUUACUGCGACCGAUGAAAAUGGGAACAAUAUAUUACAUGUAGCUGCACAAUUAGCUCCUCAUUCUCAACUAGAUCACAUCUCUGGUGCAGCUUUGCGGUUGCAAAAUGAACUACACUGGUUCAAGUCAGUGGAAGGCAUUGUUCCAUGGUUCUACAACACACAGAAAAAUAAAGAUGGUGAAACUCCUACCCAAGUGCUUCAUAGAGAACACAAGGAUUUGCUAAAAGAGGCCGAAGGAUGGAUGAAAAAAGUGGCAGAAUCUUGUACAGUCGUAGGUGCUCUUGUUAUUACCAUUAUGUUUGCCGCGGUUUUUACUGUUCCUGGCGGAAACGAUCAAAGCACAGGCCGCCCCAUAUUUUUGAGCACGUCUUCUAAUACAACAGCGGUUACACCGUUCAUGGUAUUUAUAGUAUCAGAUUCAAUUUCUCUUUUCGCUGCAUCUAGUUCAGUGCUAAUGUUUAUGGGGAUUCUCACUUCUCGUUAUGCUUGUGAAGAUUUCCAUAUGUCCUUACCAAUUAAGUUGAUCAUUGGCCUUUCUUCGCUCUUCAUCUCUAUUGUAGCAUUGAUGGUAGCAUUUUGUGCUACUCUUCACAUGAUGCUACGUCAUAGAGAGGAGAAAGUAAUUUCAAUGAUUGAAAUUUCAAUGAUAUCUCUUGCCACUAUUCCUGUCACUUUGUUUAUAUUGCUGCAAUCUCCUCUUCUUGUUGAGAUUUAUACCUCAACUUUUCGCCAAGACAUCUUUCACAGGAGAAUAGACAUGAAAUGCAGAAUGAGAGUUCGCUUGAGCUUAAAAUGGAGAAGGCGGUUCGGAACGAAGAAAGGAUGGAUGGUUACCAUGUUGUGUGCUCUUUUUUUACUUAAUGUAGCCUCAUAUGCUCUGUUUUUGCUUCCUUUUUAAUUUAUUUUGUUCUGUGUGCAAUUAUUAGGGUGAUCAAGGCUUCUUGAUCAGAUUAUUGUGUUCUAAAGAUAUAAAUUUGUAAUAAAUUGAAAUAGAAAUUUGUAAUGAAUUGAAAUCCAUUUU